GAGGAGAUUCGACUAAAUUCGACUUCUAAUUCUACUCACGUCAUUUUACUGUGUUACACAAAUCGCUUGACAGAUCAUUUAGAAGCUUGUUGGUCUAAAACAUGUUUAAAAGGAGACGAGGCGAGUCCAGACCUGAGCAUAAACAUGAUAAAGCAACUCAGGAGAAAAUUCAUACCCAGAUGAUUGAGAAGAAGAGACAAACUGGAGCAGGUGGAGGGUCCACAAUGAGCACCUCAUCUGACCAGAGACCAAAAUGUUUCAGGGACAUUAUGGACCUGGUUCUUCGUCUGAGUGAUGAGGAAUGGAAGGCUCUGAGCAGGGGCAUGUCGAAGAAGGUCACAAGGUUGGAGUUUGCUGCCACGUGCACUAAAAUUGUGACGGCGGUCUCUUCUGCUGUUGUACGGCGUUUAUUGAAGCCUCUCAGCAAAAGCUUCGGGAUCAAAGCGAUUCUCGAGGCGAACGACAAACUGAAGAAGAUGGCCAAGUCAAAAUCAAGCAUGUGCCCUGCCUCAGACGCCUCGGCUCAAAGAUCCCCUAUGCAGGUGUCUGAUUUUAUCUGUCAUCUUGGUCAGAGAAUUGUCAUUGAAAUUAAAGGUGCGAUGCUGGAAGCGAUCCGGAGUACGGCAGCAGGACAGAAGCCGAGCUGCUCUGAAAGUGCGUCAUCACCUGCAGAAGAUCCGAUCACACAGAUAGAUGAUCUCAGUGUUUCAUGCACUAAUGAGAUCUGUGAUAGGAUCCUAUCCCUGUAUCACUCUGAAGCACUCCACAGGCCUGGAGGAGAGACAUCAGUAAUGUCGUUAAAGUCUCUCCUGGAAGUCCAUAAAAUAAUGAAGGGCUUGGAAAAAGUUGUCUCCACCACUAGGUCUUCUUCGUGGUUUACCGUAUCCACGACUUCUGACUCCAGCUCCAUGACAACUGAAGUGGAGACUCCAAGCUGUGGUUCAGAACCUCCACAAACUGAGAGUCCUUUCAGUGAUCAGUUUAUGAGCAAAGCCUCACAUGUGGUCAGUGAAGUUCUUCUGGAAACGGAGCAAAAAAUCGCUGCCUCAGUGUCGUCUCAAACUUCUGUCCCUGCCGCCAUUGAGACAGAACCGAAUUUCCUGAUGGAGCUGGCCAAGAGCACAGCCAUGGAAAUUCUACAGAAAUUAUUUUGUAUACUUGUCAGUUGCAGCGAUGCUGACCAGUCUGGUCCAGAACAUGAGCAGAAGUUCCUCUCUUUUGCUCAAAGGAUCCACAUGGACAUCCACAAGCGGGUGUUUACGUUCAUCUGUGAGCGGAAGCAAGCAAUUUCAGAGAAAAGCAAGACGCUCUUGGACGUCUGUACCGAAACUGACGCUGAGCGCGACAUCAUCACGGAGAACAUAAAGAAAUCUGCUGAUGUUGAACAGUUCCUUGGUAAAGCCACUCAAGUUGCGAGCGAUAUCCUGGUAAAGAGAUUAACUUCACACAUUUCCACAGGUUUAAUCGGUACAAAAGCCACAGGUAAAAGCACAAUGCCAUCAUCAACAGCAGCAGUAGAUCUGGAUCACAUAGCUUCUGGUAGCAUAAACAAGGUGAUCAGUGGAGUAGCUCAGGAGAUCGGAAUAUCUGACACAGAAAACGGAUUGGAAGCUCAGGUAGGUGAAGCUCAUGUCAGUGAUGUUAAUGCUCCCUACACAAAGAGCUACUCAGACUUUUCCCCAAAUCUCCAGAGUCUGCCAGGUCUGGAAGAGAGCAUUAUAGAUUUAGAGAGCGAGUCUCUGCCUUCGAGCCAGAAGAGUCCGUACGUUCCUCUGCACCUUUUCACUGUGGUGCGCAAUCAGCUGAAGUCUUUCUUCACUUCCUUCAAUAAAAGUGCUGCUGAUGAUAAAAGGACAGAUGCAUCAGCACUCUCGGAGAGCGAUGAGGACAGUGCCGUUCCCAUCCACAUCAGUGAGGAAAGCUCCGUUCACAAGCUGGACAUUGGCCGGAGUUUCUCAGAUUCUCUUCUGUUGAGAAGGAACAGCAUGUUACACUAUGUGCAGUUUCCCUCUGAGCUUGUUUACAGGUUUGUAGAGGAGUCCACCAAGGCUUUACUGCAGAAUGUGCUAAAUGUCAUCGAUAUAACUGAAGAACGCUCCGAACAUGCAGCUGAGGAUCAGGAGAAGAAAAGGAGGUCUAGAGUUCGCUUUGUGGUGAAGACGAGCAGGACCAUAGUCGUUAAGCAUCCCAAGAAGCAGAAGAAGCGGCGCAGAGUUCCAAGCCCUUCUGCUUCUGCAAAUCUCCAGGACGCUUCACACAAGAACCUGGUCUUCAAGAAAGCUCGCAGGAUGCUGGGCAGGUUCUUGUCUGACUUCUCCAAGACCUUCUUCAACUCUUCAACCCACUGAAGAAACUGGUCAGUGUAGACCUGUGCCUGGUGACUGUAAACCAGGUUACCAUAGUAACCGAUGGCGGAGACAGAAAAUAGAAACAAAUGUAAAUAACCCCAAAACGAAAUAUAUCAAAUUAAAAACAAUUUAAAACUCAAACAGAAAAAAGAACUAAACAAAAAUAUCCCAGACACAUUUACAACAAAUAACUAAAAACAAACAAUAAAUAAAUCAA